AAUAUUCGCAGGCGGCGCACCGGAGGACGCUAAAUAGGUACCACGGCUUGAUCGCCUCCGUCAACUACACCGGUAGAAUCCACGUGUCACUGAUGAGGGUAAUAACGACAAAAGUAAAAGAAAAUUGGGGGGAAAGGUGAAACGGCCUCCCGAUCCGAAAAUCACGUUUGAACUAGAAAUUGAGAGAGAGAUCGAAGUGAGCUCGAUCCAAAUCGCGAGGAAGAUCACCUUCGGAGAAGGAGGGAGGAGGAGGUGGAGAUGAGGAAGAAGCUCGGCACCCGAUUCCCUGCGUAUGAGCAGGAUCUUGCACGGAUCUAUUAUUUGCUGCUCCGAUUUAGCCUUUUCUGCAUUCAAAUUUUUCGAUUUGCCCGAUAACCCGUACUUGGCGAAGCCCUAAUUGUCACGAAUAAAGAAGAUAAUGCAGGCAGAUGAGGAUGUUGGCAAGAUUGCAUUAGCUGUGCCUCUUUUAGUUUCAAAAGCUUUGGAGUUAUUUUUGCAAGAUCUUUGUGACAGGACUUAUGAAGUUACUCUACAGAGAGGGGCCAAGACAUUGAAUUCAUUGCAUUUAAAACAAUGUGUGAAGAGUUAUAGUGCUUUUGAUUUCCUAACUGAUGUUGUCAACAAGGUACCAAACCUUGGUGGCACAGAACCUUGUGGUGACGAAAAAGGAAUAUCCAGGAGAAGAAAGACCCUGGCCCAUGAUGGUGAUUUGGAGACCAAUGAGGAGUUGAGGUCCCCCAAAAUGGCAAUGAGGAGCACAAACAUGAGUCCAAGAGGACGUGGAAGGGGUAGAGGAAGAGGGAGGGGUCGACCCAGAACAAGGGAUAUUGGGUGUGUAAAAUUUGAGGAUGACAAGAGCACGUUUCCCGAACACGGUGACCUGUUGAGGGAAAUCAAUGGUGAAGAGAAGGGCCUGGAAGGGAAGGAGAACAUGGCUCAGAGUGCACAUUCUUCCUGCAACUCUACAUCAGUCGUGGGUGCAACUUCAACAGCAGAGGCAAAGCAAGAGGAGUAUUCUUCUUGGCCUUUGCCUGAUGUAGCGGGCAACAUUGGCAUAGAACCAUCAAAACUUGUACAAUUAACCAUGCAGAUAGACGAGGAUGAGGAUUAUGACAAUGAAGAUUAGUGGAUUGCUGGUUGAUUUAUAUUGCUACUAACAAAGCAGUCUUCCUUGUUCUGUAAUUAAUUUUGCAUUAUGACUGCACAUCUAUUAUAAAAUUUAGUCAUUUUCUAUGUCCAAUGCUCUUAUUGGACUUGAUCAAAUGACACUGUCGAAUGAAUUUUUCCUUUGG